AGCGCGAAGAGUUUGAGGGAAGGGGAAAAUGGCGAUUUUAACGUAGGUCAACGUUUUACUUGAAGUUGGCAUACUUUUACCUGAUAUAGUUACGUAUAUUUUUCUAAUGUGCACUCAACAGUGCACCAAUUGUCGGCCUUUUGUUGACUUUACUCGCGAACCGUAAUAUAAUGUCACUGAAGGGAGCAGUCAACUUUGCCUUUUCAUGAACACUGGCUAGCUAGCGACAGUAGCUACCGAAUGUUAACUUUUGAUGCCUGUCUGCGACGUGGUCAUUAUCUGCUGCAUUUUCUUGUCGUUAGCAAGAUAUUUGAUGGCUGGCUUUUAGUUGCGUGUCUGUUACUGAAAACAUGACGGCAAUGUCUUAAAAUAUGCUAAUGCUGAGCAUUUUGACCGAAAUAUAAGACAUUACACCAGAAACAUAGGCUGCUAUCAAAAUGAUUUCCAUGCUGGGCUUGUCGUUGCAUUAUGCCUUUUACUUUGCUUAGAUAACAGUGCUGCAAGAUACGGCUUUUUGUUGACCACCGUGGGCCGUUAUGGCAUCUUACAACGUGUUUUUUGUUGUCGACGUUGACCAGCAAACUGAGUUUGACGUAAACACCAAUGGUGUCAGUCCCCAUCCGUUGAAACAAUGGAUUCUUAAAUGUUUACUGUACUUCGGAAACAAGCACGGCAUCGACAAGGUGCGAUGGGGGUACAAGUUCUUUUAUUCGCUACAUCCCCGCAGCAGCAGUUUUAUAUCUAGAGGGUCUGACUUUAGGGAAAUCACAGAGAAGUCUUUUGAUGAUUUCGAGUCGGAAUUCGCUUCCAAAUUUGAUGGGAAGUCGGCAACGCUUCCUGUCCCCCCAAAACUCAAUACCACACCUGCUGCUGCUGUCCAGAAUGCCUUGAAAGAAGCUCUGCUGGACUUUCAAUGGGACCGGCCAGAUAUUACAUCGCCAACCAAGCUAACCCUGCGUCCCAGAAGGGGGACUCGUUUUGGAAGAGCCCCUGCUUCACCAGACGAUGAACUGUCAAGCCAGGGCAACAAUGUCUUGUUUGUACUCACCCGCUGUCCUCGUGCAAGGGCUGACUUGGAGGAGUUUGUUGACCCCCGUGGCAAUCACAGUGGUGGACCUAAAGACUUAUCUGAGCGCUUUCUUCAUAAAGGGCUGCACGAUGUGCUGCUUCAACGCCGUGUUGUCCUUCACUGGAUUGACACUACACCAUAUUGCCAGGCAAUGGCCAGUGGGGAUACUCUUGGAUCUGACUCGAUAAGCGAUACCCUGAGGCAAAUGGGUGGCAAUGUGGUGCCCAUGGAUGCCCUGCACACGGUUUGCCAGCCGAAUGCCCAAGUGGGCCCAGACCUGGCAUGCCUACCGCUUGGACUGGGGCAACCAUGGUUUCCACUGGACUCCAGCAUUGGUUACAUCCUGAACUCCAAGAAACUGCAUCUUCAGGCUUUUUCAUUUGUCGAAGGGGUUCUGCGGUGUGGCCAAGGUACCGAUGAGACCUCGCUAACGGGCAGCGUGACCCUGAAGCCAAUAUCCAGCCGACAGUCCUGGCUCUCUGCGCCUGUGGAGAUUACACUGAGGUCUUUGGUACACAACUGGAACCCACGCACGCUGGAACAGGCUGCCACCGAGUGCUGGACGCUACAGGCCGCAGCUGAUCAGCCCGGUGUGGGACAACUCCUCAAAGACAUGUCAACACGAGGGAUCUGCAUGAUGGCGGAUGUAAGUUGUGGGGGGCUGACACACACAGCUGUGAUGUCACCACUCUCAGCUCACGCUGUUCUGCUGACCCUGUUGCCGUCCCUGGCGGCCCCUGGCAGUGACCCCGCGGCCCCAGCCGUAGACUCCCAGCUGUCCCAUGAGGAGCUGUCAGACCUGCCGGAUGUGGUGAACAGUGUACUGAACGUGAUUUUCCCCCUGAUGGAGGAUGGAGAGUACUUUGAUGAGAGCACCAGUGACGUUCCAUUCUCCGACUGGGCCAGACAGGAGCUGAGGCAGGGGGGUAGCUCUGUGUGUGCUGGCCUGGUGGAGAACUGGUUUCCAGAGUCCGACGAGUCGGGUGUCACCGCCAACCUCAUGGAGUCGAUGAGACUGCUGCAUGCUGCCCCAGACGAGGGCGCUGUUGAGCAGGGAGAGGAGUUGCCGGGUCCCCAGCAGGAGCUGCUGUCCGGCCUGGCCGAGCUCUACCAGAGCAGCACAGCAGAGGGAACUCUCAAGGGCAAGAAGCGUGGCGCUCAGCGCACGCCGGUGCGGCAAAAGAUGAAGACCAUGAGCCGCUCGCUGCAGAUGCUCAACUUUGCCCGGCUGAACGUGAAGGCCCAGAAGAGCCACACGGACCCCGAGGCCCAGGCAGGGGGCAGCAGAGGAGGGGGGCCGGAGAGAGCCCUCACCAAGCGACGCUCAGGGGACCAGGCCAGAACCAGAACCAGCUCUGACUCUAUAAACAUCAAGACUGAAGAUGAGCUGGUAUCGGAGCUGAAGUCCAGUUACCAGAGAGCGGUAGAGGAGAGGCAGUCCUCCUUCACCACAGUUAUACAGAACCUGCUUACCAUGGUCACUGCAUUCUUAAAACGUUCAAAGUCAUCUGAGGAGCAGACCCCAGCUUUAAUUGAAAAGAGCAUUUUGAAGUCCAGUAAAUCAGUGCGGCAGCAGUAUGGAAGUGCUCCAGACACCGAGAACAAGAUCAGAGAGUGCCAGUUACAGGCAGCCCUGAGACUGGCCCUCUGCCAACAGAUGCAUGCCAACCCGGAGCACAACGAGCGCGUGGAGGAGAUGGUGGAAGAGGUUGCUGAUAUGCUGCGGAUCAUCUCUCUGACCAGAGAUCCAGUCUACCUGACCAAAUUUCUGCAGGAUGACAUCCUGCCAGUGUACCUGAGCUCCAUCCCUCGUAUCCUGGCGGACGUGUAUAACAGCCUGGGUACACAGCUGCCUGAGGCACUGGUGGCCGUGCUACCCCCGGACUUCUUCAGUGACGACUCAGUGCACAGGGACAGUGUGUCUCCCGCUGCCUCCUCUGUGUCCGUCACCCUCAACCCCGCCUCUGACGCCGGGGAACGCCUGGAGGAGCUACGCACACGCUCUGCACGCAAGAAAAGAAAUGAGAGGCUUUCAAGACAUCGAAGCAUGGCGGAGGCUUCCCAGAGUCUCCGUCAAAUUGAGAUGCCUCGAAAAUCUACCAGGGUGACCAAACCAAAGUCCAGUGUGUCUGUUGAGGAAAAGAACAUCGAACAACCUCCACCACCUCCGCAAAAGCAAACUGUUCAAGAAGUUACCAAGGUACGCAGGAACCUCUUCAAUCAGGAGAAGCCCUCUCCGAGCAAGAGGUCCAAAAUGCCCCGCAGCCAGUCUGUGUCUGCCGUGGAGGGACUGAGGAAACGCAAGCGAUCUCAGAUGGCUGACGUCAGCGAUCACCAUGCUCUCCUAACGAAGAAAGUGACUGAGACGCCAUUGCACAAGCAAGUUUCCAACCGACUGUUACACAGACAGAUCACUGGCAGGAGAUCGGCCGAAAGUGACGUCAGCAUUGUGGAGGAAUCACCAGUCAAACCAGCAGAUGUGAGGCGGAGCCCCAGGAUAAAGAAAUUUGCACGGAGGCAUUCAAGCGUGUUCUACUCCAGCGCACAGCCGCGAUCCCGAAACCUGGAGCGCGUCCUCUCCUCAUCCCAGCUGCCCAACAGCGAAGGAAGGAUAGGAAGUAUCAGUGUUGGUCAAGUCAAGUCACCCGUGCGUCUGCUGUUUGGUGCCGCCAAGUCCCCUGGGAGACCCUCCACAUCCACUGGCUCUGUCGGCAGUCGAAGCAGCCGAAGGCGGUUACUUGGCUCCACAGACUCUGAUGUAUUCGAGAGUCCUACCAAGAUGUCAAGGAGAUGCAGAACGCCCACCAAAUCUCCCUGUAGAACGCCCAGAAAAUCUCCUCGCAAGACACCCAAUAAAUCACCUCACCAGCUGCCUCCGCUCGUCACGACGCGGGUAACUCCCAGGACCCUUCGCUCUUCCUCGUCCGCUGCAGCCUUCAGCUCCCCAUCCACUUCCUCUCAGAGGCCGACCAGCGAAGGAGCAAGCAGACGAGCCUUAUGGGGGGGGAGCCCCAGCAGACACUCAGCCCAGAGGAGCCUGGACAUGCACACUCCGAAAAAGAGCUCGCCCAAAGGAUUGUUUAAGACGCCGGUGAAAAAGGACAGCCCCCUGAAAGGGCCUCUUUGCACGCCGGGUAAGAAAGAGCUCUGCAGCCCUCUGAAGAGUAUCCUGAAGACGCCGGUGAAGGCUCUGCUUGACUGCCUCUCGCCUGGUGGAGCCCUGCUCUUCCAGAGUCCCACCGGCACAGGCAGAACGCCCAAAAAGACUGUGACUUGGUCUCCCUCACCUCGGAAGUUGCAUGCUGAGCAUGUAGCUAGAUCGCCCUUCAAAGUUCCGGAAUCUCCGCUGAGUUCAGCUCGCGCAUCGCCACGGUCACGGACACCUGUCAAGUCUCUCAGCCCGGCUAAGAUGGUAGAUCAGACACCAGAAAAGUCCUCUGGUCAUGUUGACCAAAUGUCCCCAUUAAUCGCUCCAAUAAGUUUACCUAAGAAACGACUUUUGAGGAGUCUGCACAUUUCUGUGGAGGAUGUCAAAGUGGUAGAACAAUCAGAACCAACUGCAUUACAACACAACAGCAGCACUGCAGAGUGCCCGUCUACACCAAAUGGCAAGAACGUGUCACCACAGCAGACUCACUGCAUGUUGAGACGGUCUUUGAGGACGCCACAGAAGGACUGCCCUCAGCAAUCGCCUUCGAAGACACCCAGUACACCUCACACAGGAAAUGCAACUCCGAAGAAGGCAGAGCCUCUACCUACAAGUCCUAUGGAGACCCAGAGUGCUGCUACCCCAGGGAGGCGCUACAAUCUCCGCAGAUCCUCAACUCAUGACAAUCUACCCGCACAGCCCCAACAAACCUGCAUCCCCAUCACAGAGGAAACACUAUCGCUGGAAGUUCAAGUCACAGGCCCAAAUGCUGAGGUUGAAUCCAGCCAGGCAGCUCAUGACAAGUCAGAACAGCACAGCUCUUCCUCAGACUCCCACCAGCUGGACUCCUCCGAAUUCAGCAUGGCCACCACAGAGGACGAGAGCAUUGACAUCUCGGACGCGGCGGUGGUGAGAACGCAGCUCACGGGCGGCAUAAAGAUGAACAUCUCCUUCACCAGGAAGUCCUCUCUGUCCAAGGUGCCCUCGGCGUCCGAGAACGUGGAGCCGUCCAUAUCCAUCUCGCCGCCCGUCUCGCGCAACUACGGCUUCCGCCAAACGCCCGACCGCCAGCAGAGGGAGGCGGCAGCGCGGCUGGGUUACGCCACCACCGUGCCCAAGUUCUCCACGCCGCGCGCCUCCAAGCCGAAGCCCCAGGCGGUCAGCACGCCGGGGCCCCUGACCUAUCAGGUGGAGCUGGACAUGCAGUCCUCCGGGCUCCCCAAGCUCCGCUUCAAACGCACGGACUCCUUUAACACCGUAGAGGGGCCAGGGGACGGGCUGGGUAAAGCUGGCUCCCCUAGUGUUCGCUUCCCCAAGACGCCUCGUGUGGACAGCCCCCUGGCACACUGCACCAAGCACCGUGGAGACCCCGGCUGCCGAUCCCCCUCGCUGUGCACGCCGGGCAAGGGGAGCAUCCAGACACGCAUAUGCCAGUCCUACACGCCCACACACACCCCGGGCGGCACGCCCUCCCCACCCAGCGCCGGAGAGGUCUUCGCCUGGACGCCGUCGCCUCAGAGCCGGGCAGACGGCCUCAACAGCUGGCCACGGAAGAAGCGGGUGGGCGUGGGGGUGAGUGCCAAGGAGCAGGGCGUCGGGGGACCGCAGCAGCAGCAGCCCCUCCUGCGGGAGGAGCUGGAGGACCCGGAGCUGGAGGGAGUGUUCAGACUGCAGGAGGUCGAGGAGUGCAGGGACGUCCCCGGCGCUCUGGUCAUGUCCAAGCCCAGGAAGAGGAGAGGGGAGCAGUCUCCUGCCAAAGAGCUGGUGGAGGAUAUGGAUAUGGACAUGGACUGGACAGAGGCCCUGGUCACGCAGUUUGAUGCCAAAGAGGCGCGCAUGAGUGACGACAUGGGCUGGCUCAUGGGGAAGGAGUCUCUGAGUGCAGUGGUGACUCCUCCCAGCUCCAAAGUGAAGAAGCCGGUGACUGCUAGUGGUAUUCUGGCCCUCACACAGUCCCCGCUGCUGUUUAAGGAGAAGACCUCAGCAAAGAAGAAACGUGCAGAGAUGGAAGGUGAAUCGUGCACGGGUGUUGCAUAUGAAGUGGACCAAUCCCCCAGUAGCCAGCCCCGGCGCCAGGUAGUCCCUGGAAGAACCUACACCAGGAAAAGGUUGCUGAACUAACACACGGUCUUCUCGUGGCCAAGCAGCCAACGGAAGAAGCUACAGCAAGAGGACACUAAUGAACUAAACUGCCUUAUUUUGGUGGUCUGAACGCCAGAGACUGGAGAAUCGGACUGCCUUACAUUGGUGGUCUGUAAGCCACUGUAUGAAGCUGCAGUAUUGUAGGUAGACUGUACAGUACUGUUAGAGUACUGUGGUACUCCUGUCCUCUUGGUUACCUGUAACCUUCCCUCUUCUGGUAGCCAGAAUGCCUACUGGGGAAAGCCACAGCUGUAGGACACAGAAGAGUUCACUGCCAGGCUCCUUGUCAGCCCUGGGUGUAUGGCGUCUGGCACAAUCACAGGCCCAUGCCAGCUGCUCAAAGUUGCUCUCUGUCCCACCGUUUCACCAGUUGCUGUUCUUCGUUAAAGUAUGGGAAAGUAUUUUUUCUUUUUCUUCGUUAAUUUUAUUAUUGUAGAUUUUAUCUGUUUUUAGUUUGUCUUUGUCUAGUUUUAUAAAUCAAGUUUGAAUUAAUUUAUUAUGUUCUUUUACACGUUGUGUUCUUUUUUUUACCUGUGAAAAGUUUGUACAUAUGUUUCAUAAUGUGUAAAUUGAACAGAUUAUUUUAAUAAAGACAUCUUGAACCACUGACA